GCGACCCUGGUGCGGCUGGUGCGUCAACUGUGCCAAGUGGGGGAACCAGGAACCGGGAAGCGCGGCGGCGGAGGACGGCAUUCGAGGCACGCAUGUCCACGUCUGAUCUGCGGGCGAUCGCGUCUCGAUCGUGUUAGGUGCGAAGGUAACCGGCGGCGGGGACCCACGAUGACGGGGACCGACUGGCGGCGAGCAGCCGCGCGCAGAUGGAUCUCCAGGGCGAUAGUCGCCACGUUCCUCGCGCUCGUCAUUCUGAAUCUGCCGGCGCUCUGCGGGGGCCACGACGCCCACGAGUCGCCGAGCUACAAGUACUCCAAGGAGGCCAACGAGGGCUUCGCGAACGUGGAACGGCUGCAUCUGCAUCAUGAGCCUGAUGACGAGCAUCAGCAUCAUCAUGAUCAUGCUCACGAUCACAAGCACUCUCAUUUCACACAGCCGAACGCUCCGCACCGGGAUUACAACGACAUCGUCCUACGGGCUGUCGGGUCGACCCUCGUCAUAUCCGCUGCCCCUUUCCUCAUACUGUUCUUCGUGCCGCUGGACAACACCGAGCAACGCGAGUCGUUGCUCAAGAUCCUGCUGAGCUUCGCGUCCGGCGGUCUGCUGGGCGACGCGUUCCUUCACCUGAUCCCGCACGCGAUGAUCCCUCACUCGCACGACUCGCCGUCGGAGGCGCACUCGCAUUCCGCCCACGAGCCGGGACACCACGAGCACGACAUAUCCGUCGGCCUGUGCGUACUGUUGGGGUUAAUAGUGUUCCUAAUGGUGGAGAAGGCGGUGCGUAUCAUCAAGGGCGACCACUCGCACAGUCACGUCCAUCAUGAGCCUCGCGAGAAGAAGGACGUCUCGUCGGAGAAGAAAGAGGAGCGGAAAGGGGAGAAGAGGAGCGGCGGUAAAGCGGUCUCCGAGGCGCACCAGACGCCCGAGAGCGACAUCAAGAUCGCGGGCUAUCUGAACCUGGUGGCGGAUUUUCUGCACAACUUCACGGACGGCCUGGCCAUAGGUGCCAGUUACAUGGCUGGAAAUAGUAUCGGCUACAUAACGACGUUCACGAUAUUGUUACACGAGAUCCCGCACGAAAUCGGCGAUUUUGCCAUCCUGAUACAGAGCGGUUACAGUAAAAGAAAGGCUAUGCUGUUGCAACUGGUCACCGCUGUAGGAGCGUUAUUGGGGACUUUCGUUUCUCUGAUGACGGAAGGAAUGGGCGACCUUGCUACCAAGUGGAUCCUUCCCUUCACCGCAGGCGGCUUCAUCUACAUUGCAACCGUUUCCGUGAUACCAGAACUUUUAACUGCCACUAAAUUUUGGCAAUCAAUUAUGGAGAUAGCGGCACUUCUUUUCGGAGUGUAUAUGAUGGUUCUUAUAGCGGACUACGAAUAAGAAAUACUUUAUAAGAGAUCAGAUAAGUUAUUUUCUUACUUUCAUUCUAGCUCGGUUCGUUCUUGCUCGUUAGCUCUGAGAAACAUUUCCAUUAGAUAGAGAAAAUUUCCGUAACUAGCGGGCGAGCUUGCUUUCGACAUGUAUCAACAGGAACUGCCGCAUUUAUGUUGCGUCUCGAUAAACGGGAUUGUAAAAGCGGAAAAGGAACUUACGGCAGGGAUGCUAGAGCGAUUCUGCACUUUUUGCGCCUAGAACUGUCAAUUCAUGAAAACACUAGUGUAAUAUACAAAUUAUGCGGCUUUUGUGUACAGAGUUUCCACGGAAAGUCGGAUUAAAUCAGAACAGCAUGGCAUCAUUGCAAUUAAGUUUACAAGUCUAACAAAAAAUUUAAACUUAAUUUCAAUGCUGAUUUUUCUGAUUUAAUCCGAUUAGUGUAAACUAGUCUGUUUCCUCCUAUAUAUAAAAAGAAGCGUGUUAAAUCGAUAGUCGAAAGUCUUGAAGUAUUGGCGCGCUUGUGCGAUACGAUAUGCUUCAAUCGUGUUAUUUGCGGCUGUCUAACCAUGCGAAUUUUUAGAGAGAGCAAAGGGCGCGCGCUUGUCUUGUCUAGUACACAUAAAAGCCACAUAAUUUGCAUAUUA